GUUGUUAGCGGGCGGGGACAGCAGUGAAGUGGGUUCGAUGCCGGAGUGUUAGUCCGCGGUCCGGAUCCAGAACCUGUCCGAGCCAGAGGCCUCUCACAUGGGGGAGCAGCAGACCAACAACCCGGGGGGGGCGAGGCUCUUCCGCCUGUCCGAGAUCCAGGAGCAGAACUCCUUCAAAUCCACGUGGAUCAUCAUCCACCACCAAGUGUACGACGUCACCAAGUUCCUGGAGGAGCACCCCGGGGGGGAGGAGGUGCUGAGGGAGCAGGCGGGAGGAGACGCCACCGAGAGCUUCGAGGACAUCGGACACUCCAGCGACGCCCGAGAGAUGGCGAGCAGCAUGGUGAUAGGAGAAGUGCACCCGGACGACAGAGAGCAGCUCGUCCAACCGGAGGAAACACUGGUGACCACCGUGAAGUACCAGACCAGCUGGUGGUCCAGCUGGUUGAUUCCGUCUCUGGUGGCGGCCAUUAUCACCCUGAUGUACCGCAUCUUAACCGCAGAGAGCGAGUGACAUCAUCAGAGUCCUGCCGCCGUCCCACACUACCCACAAUUCAUUUCCAAUACUGUUUAACCAACCAAUCAUGUGGCAUUAUGCUAAUGAAGUCAUGCACAUUGAUGAAUAUACCGUCACACUGUGAAAUAUGGAUGUUUUAUGAAAUCUUGUAGAAAUGCAGUUGAUGUAUGAGAAGUUGUAUCUUUUUUAAUCUUUGUAACUGAAUGUAAACGAGUGUAUGAAUCAGAGCAUCAUGAGGUCAUCAUGAUGUCAUCACGCAGCAGUCAUGUGACUAACAUAGUCCACCGUGACGUCACUGUCCUGGAAACUGGAAUCUGACCAAAGCCACGAUUCUCUGUCUCAGGUUUAAAAUGAAUUUUCAUGUUCAGGCGUCGCACAGAAAGAAAGUAAACGCUGACUGUUAAUAAAGAUGGCCGACACGUUCAACUGCACUUUGUCCAGAAGUGAAGCCAAAACAUCUCUGAUGCAAACGCUGUCAUUUUGUACAGUUGGAAUGGAGGCCCCGCCCACACAAGCUUCUUUUAAAGAGGCACUGAAAAGUGAUAGUUUAAUUUAAGAACAUCAGCUAAAGUUCUUUCAUCUGCUUGUUCCUGCUUUUUAAAUUUCAGCUGAAACUUUGAUUUAUUUCAAAACAGAACAAAUUUAGAUGCUGAUUGUUCAUUUAUAUUAAUUUAUAAUCAAUAUGAGAAGUGGAGAAAUACAGUAACAACCUGAGAGGCAGAACUUUAAUGUCUGAGAGUUUGAUUCACACAGUUUCAUCUGAGUUGAAUCGUUAAAACAGAAAAAUCAAACAUUGAUGAUUCAGUAAAGUUUCAUUUUCACGUUUUAAUUUGCACAAUCAGAACUAAAGUAACUUAAACCCCUGCUCGUCUCCAGCGUGUAGCGGUUUGAGCCUUGGUGCAGUGCAUGCUGGGAAGUGUAUGCUGAACAUUCACAGACUCAGGAUCAGAAACUAUUUCAACUGUUUAAACAAAUCCAGAGUCAGUGAGGAAGAAACGUUCAUCUGAUGUAAAAGUUCAUAAAACAAAAUAAAACAUAUUCAUGGAAAA